CCACACCAAGUAGGAGUACAUCCCCUUCUCUCCUCUCCUCUCCUCUCCGCAAUACGCAAGCCUCCCUCCCUCUCGGCUCGGCUCGGCUCGUCUCGUCUCGUGUCAGUCGUGUGCGUUUGCAAGAAAUCCAUAGGAACCAGCGAGGAACCAUGGGGCAGAGGUUGAGGUUCUUCUGCUGCGGCUGCGGGGCCAAUGCGGCCGACGGCGGCGACAUGGAGGUGGACGACGAGCCGGAGCGCGGCGGGGGCAAAGGGGGCGAGGAGGCCGGGACGCGGCAGCUGUCGUGGGCGCAGGUGGAGCGGAUGACGGGCGGGUUCACCUCCGCCGUGGUGGGCGAGGGCGGGUUCAGCACCGUCUACCUCGCGCGCCUCUCCGGCGCCCUCGCCGCCGUCAAGGUCCACCGCAGCAGCGAGCGCAUCCACCGCGUCUUCCGCCAGGAGCUCGAGACGCUCCUCCGCGUCCGCCACCCGCACAUCGUCCGCCUCCUCGGCUUCUGCGAGCAGCAAGACGAGGGCGUGCUGGUGCUGGAGUUCGCGGCGAACGGGAACCUGUACGAGAAGCUGCACGGCGGGGGCAAGGCGGCGGGGGCGAUGCCGUGGGCGCGGCGGGUGUCGGUGGCGGUGCAGGUGGCGCAGGCGCUCGAGUACCUGCACGAGCGGUGCGAGCCGCAGGUGGUGCACGGCGACGUGAAGGCGUCGAACGUGCUCCUGGACGCGUCCAUGUCCGCCAAGCUCUGCGACUUCGGGUCGGCGCGGAUGGGGUUCUCCGCCGCCGUCCGCCCGCGGUCGUCGGCGCACACCAUGCUCGGCUCCCCGGGAUACGUCGACCCGCACUACAUCCGCUCCGGCGUGGUCACCAAGAAGACGGACGUCUACAGCUUCGGCGUCCUCCUCCUGGAGCUCCUCACCGGCAUGGAGGCCUUCUGCCCCGUGGAAGGCCGGCUGCUGACCGCCGUCCUCGCGCCGCGGCUCAAGGCCGCCGGCGACGCGCGGAUGCUGGUGGACGAGAGGCUGGGGAGCGCGUACGACGCGGGCGAGGCGUCCGCCGUGGCCGCGCUGGCGGCGUCGUGCGUGGGGCAGAACCCGAGCCUCCGCCCGUCCAUGGGCGACGUGGUGCGCACCCUGGAGCAGAGCGCGCAGGGCUCCAUCCUGGCCGUGGGGAGAGGAUCGGACGGCCAGGGGAAGCUGUGAUCCACGAGGGCCGUAGGCGCUAGAUCCGGAUUGGCCAGCUGUAGCCUGUGGUGUGAGCUGCACAGCACACAUGGAGCCUCGGUACAGGCCGAGGGCGUACAAACCGCUAGUGGGCGAGCACAUCGAAAACCCAUCGAAAAAAAGAAGAAGAAGUUGGUUUGGGAAAAGAUUUGGAAGAGGAAAAAAGUUACUGUAGGGUUUGUGCGCGCUGACAUUAUUUGCCAAAAGGUGGCAGUGAUCUUAGAGUGAAAAAGAGAGAGAGAGAGGGAGGGAAAAAAAGACUGAAAACUGGGGUCGUCCAUUAAUUCUGCGAUUCUGAAGAUUUUGGUGAUUGUUUCGUUGGUUUGUAAAGUACAUUGAGUGUUGUUGUUGCUGCUGUUCAAA